GAUGGAUUUGAACUGCUGACUGUUUGGUUAGCAGCUGAGUUCUUAACCAAUAUACCACCAGGGCUCCACCUUUCUAAUCUGUUCAGGCUUUUCAGUAUGUCUUGGAGUUGUGGUGUCUUUAGAGAAUACUACUGUAACCGCAAACCUCAAUACUUAAAUAUUUAUUACAUAAGUGACCUCAAUCUAAGGGAAACUCUGGUGGAGGAGACCUCGGGUCCUGGAACGUAGUCUCCAACCUGCUGCAGAAUUCCUUUGGAGCAUCAGUGCUUGCUAAGGUUAUCUCGGAGACUCAGAGCCAGCAUCUAACAGCUAAAGGAAGACAUUUUAGGGUGGGGACUAAUAUACAAUAUUGAGGGAGAAAAUAAAAAUUACAGUUUUAUUGAGGCCUCAUGCAGUUAGAAUGGUUCACAGUAACACUUUCUCGUAGAAUAUAUGUGAUCCCAGCCUGACUAGCUUAAUUUUAUCUUUCUAUAUAUUUAUACAUAGUCUUGCACAAAAGACUUGAAGCAUCUCACCAGAACAUACACAAUGUAAUAAAAUGAAAAAUUAUAAAAUAAAAAAUCAAGUCCUGGGAAAAAUAGAGUUGAGAAAUCUGAGGAAGAGGAAAGACCAUCGACAGACAAGCAGGGAAUAAAGAGCUGGUGCCAAUGGUUAAUACGUUUGAAUGCUAUUUGAAAGGUUGGAGGUUCAAGUCCACCCAAAAGCACCUCGGAAGAAAGGCCUGACAAUCUACUUAUGAAAAAUCAGCCAUUGAAACCCAGUUGAGCACAGUUCUACUCUGACACACAUGGGGUUGCCAUGAGUUGGAAUCAACUCCACUGCAACUUGUACGGUUCUUGAAAUUGGGCCACACAUUUGACUCUUGAGCUUUCUAGCAAGCAAAGCAAAAAGAAUAGUUACAAAGUUGUCCGGAAAGGGAAGAAAUUUCUUCCGGUCUAGACCCUUAGCUUGCAAAUAGUAUUUGUGGGCAAUUCUUUAUAUGCUUGUGCAGCUUCUUACCGCUGUGGCUCUUCUGGAGCUGAGCUCCCAGCCCAAGCCUCUGUGUUUAAUGUGUUUUCUCCCAGGGACAAUGAAUCAUUCUUCCCAAGACACUGGCUCUCGUGGCAUUCAUGAAGAUGGAAAGCUUUAUGUUGUGGAUUCCAUAAAUGACUUAAACAAACUAAACCUCUGGCCUGCCGGAUCGCAGCAUCUGUUCCCUCUAGAGGAGAAAAUCCCAGCCCUCGGCAGUAACUCAGGAAAUGGAAGCCGUGGUCUGUUCUUUGUGGCGCUGAUAAUCAUUCUGAUUAUCAGCCUGGUCCUCGUUUCCUUCGUGAUAUUUCUAAUACUUCAAACUGGAAGCAAGAUGGACGAUGUGUCAAGAAGAUUGACAGCUGAGGCAAAGGACAUAGAUGAUCUUAAGAAGAUCAACAGCAUGAUCGUAAAGCACCUUAACCAACUGGAAUCUGAACAGAACUAGAGAAAUUGUUGUCCAAGAGCAACUGCUAACACCUUGAAUUUCUCCUUAUGUUACUGGGGGUGUGGAGAGUGAAGACCUGAGAAAGUGCAUUUGCAAAGGUGACGGAUUAUCUGGAUAGUGAACCCAGCUCUGGGGACUUCUUUCUGCUACAGGGAUGGGAGCUACUCUAAGGCCUUGGGGUUUGGGGAUAGCAGUCAGAAAGGGGUGAACUUAUCCCAGCCUCAUUUAAAGGUAGGGUCUUUCAGCUUUAAUGGGAUUAAGGGUGGCUGGCAUGAAGGAGAAUCGAUAGUAAGCAAGAAAAUUCAGCUAAUACAACUUCUCUUACAAAAGGAAAUUUGUUAUUAGAACAACUUCACUGUGCUGAUCAGAUUCAUGAUGCCUUGUGUAUCUUUGCAAAUUCCUGCAAAAUUUUAUUUAUUUAAUUAUACUGUGUAGAAGGGAACCAGGUGAUCACUCUCUUCAAUAAAAGAGAUUCUGUUCAGUUGACUCAUAAUUCCCCAGGGUCGGGGGAUGGGUGGACAUUAGAGUUAGUUGUCAUCUGGUGUUUGCUGUGAAAACGUGUAGUAGGUGUGUGUGUGAUGGGGAAGUCAAAGAAAAAGCUUAAUUCAUUCAACUAAUGUUUAUUGAGCUUCUACUCUGGGCAAACCACCCUACUUUAGAGGUGCUUACAUUUAAGUGGGGAGCGACAGAGAUGUAUAUAAAUAAAGUAUACGAUAAAAAAUGAUAAAUGCUUUAAGAGAGAAGCCUAGACGCUGCUCUAGGAGUUGAGAGGAGAGAGAAUCAAUUCUGGGUUGUGGAGUGGCAUGGGGAUAAGAGAGGAUCUCAGGGAGGAAAUAGCUUUUGAACUAGGUCUUAAAGGGUGAGUGGCUCAACUGCUCUGUGUUGUGUGAAUUUUAUUUUAAUAUAUAGUUAUGUAAGCUUCAUUUACUUUGCUUCUCAUGAAAAUAAAUCCUUUCAUAUCCUGCUGAUUAAUUUAGAAGAAACUGAUAGAUACGUGACCUAUAGCAAACUAAAGUAGGAAAUUGUAUAUUUGUAAUAUUUGGAAUCUGACUUGUUUUCGCACAAAAGGUGAGGCACACAGUAUAUGACAUAAGAUAUGAUGUCAAAUAAAUGAGUUUAAAAAGCAUAUGAGUCGUAGAAAAUCUUUAAUAUAAGUACAUUCUGCAAGUCAGUCGAAGAAUGUAUUGUGAUUCUGUCAUUUUGGGCUGAUCAAAAUUAUUU